AUGGCGUCCCACUGGAUUAACCCAGUGGGAUUAAAAAUAAAGAAAAAAGAACACGUGCUUAGCUACAGCUCUCUUUGCAACUGUCAGCCAAUCACGAUCAAGAUAGAUGUCGCUGCAGUACCGACGCGAGUCGACCCCAAGCUAGCUUGCACUGGGAACAUUUGCUCGAGCUCCAUACAUUUUCUUCUGGUUCUCUACGUCUACAGUUUGGUUGUGUACCAGUUCAAAAAUAAUUUCAAAAUUUUUGCCAUCAGGAAAAAAGUUAAAAUGACGGACAAGCCUAAGCGUCCUAUGUCAGCAUAUAUGCUUUGGCUGAACAGCGCCAGAGAACAAAUUAAAGCGGAUAACCCUGGGCUAAAGGUCACUGAAAUAGCUAAGAAGGGAGGUGAAAUAUGGAGAGGAAUGAAGGACAAGAGUGAAUGGGAGGAGAAAGCCGCCAAAGCUAAAGAGCAGUACACAAAGGACCUGGAGUCAUAUAAUGCCAAUGGUGGUGGUGGUGAAGGAGGUGGCAAAAAGGCACAAAAGCGAGGCAAGAAGGGCAAGAAAGCGGCAGCACCCACUAAGUCCAAGAAGAAGAAGGAGGAAUCUGACGAGGAGGAAGGUGAUGAGGAAGAGGAGGAAGAAAGCGAAUGAUCUCCCUGCCUAUAAGACAUUUCUGUUCAUAUUGAAUAAUUAUACUGGACUUAAUUUAUUACGAGUUAAUGGGACUGACUUUCCAAAGUCUGUGUAAUGGUUCACAAUUUCAUUUAAUGAUUUUAUACACACAUUCAUUUAUAUUGUAAUAUUCUGAUACAAUUAUUUUUGUCCAGUCUGAUCUCUAAAUAUAAUGAAAUUGUUAAAAUUGCGCUUUGUACUACUUACAUUUUUGUGGUAUUAAAAAUAGGAAUAGUUUUACCUAUUGUAAGAAAUUGCAGAGUUUGGAAAGUUUCACCACAGGCUAGGUCUAGAUUUCUAAGCCUCGAAAAAAUAAUGUUUAAGUGUUAGCAUGUAUACACCGGGGAAUUGUACAGUUAGCCUCCCUUGUUAAGUUCGCUGUGACUACUGGAUGCUCACAUUGAUGUACCUCACUCUGGUUUCAUCAAAACUUUUAUGUCAGCAGCAUUAUUCAAUUGCUGUACAACCUGUUUGUAGCUGUAUGCCAUAAAUAUUAUUUACAGUGUAUGUAAUGAAGUUGUGUGCAUUAUUUGACAUAAGUUUUGGUUAAACUACACUACAUGUAAAAUUAGAGACGAUUUCAUAAAAUAUGCUUAUUGUUAAUUAUACAUGUAAAAUUAGAGACGAUUUCAUAAAAUAUGCUUAUUGUUAAUUAACCUACCUCUUUGUCAGUGUAAAAUUUCAAUACUAUGUACCAAAACUUUUAAGCUAAGACAACAGCGCAUGGGCGUAACACUCGUGCAAUUUAAAUAAUUUAGGAAAUUGAAUGUACCUAUGUUGUAUUUUAGUUAGUUUGAUAGGUAGGUUUUUCGAUGUGAUUUGUCUCUCAAAUUUUACAUUUGUGUUAUUUUGUAAAUGAGAAUUAGCAUUCCUCAUGUCAAUACCGAUUUUACAUGUUCAAUAAAGUAAUUUCAUAUAA